AUGUCCUCCCACCGAGCGAAAUUGGCGGAGCUGCGGGCUCUCCGCGCCGCAGGCAAGAAGCGCCUUUCGACAUACGAAAUCGAGGAACAGGGCGACAUUUAUGAAGAGGUCGAUGAUGAGGGGUACAAAAAGGUUAUCCGCGAUCGACUAGAUGAGGAUGAUUUUGUCGUCGACGAUAAUGGCGCUGGAUACGCUGAUGAUGGCCGAGAGGUCUGGAACGAGCCCACGGCAGGUUAUUAUGACGACAGCGAAGACGACGAACUCCCUGCGCGCGGGAAAGCAGCUAAGCGGAAGCGUGAAGAAGAGAAGCAGCGACAAGAGAAAAUCAACAACGGAAUCUCGAAAUAUUUCAACAAAGGGAACGCGACAACGACCUCGAAACCCAAGCCGGUUGUUACUGCUGAAGACGAUGCUUUCAUGGCCGAUCUCCUCGGAGAGGUCGACACUAAUGUUGUCUCCAACCAUGUCCCGACGCAAAAUGUGAUCAAAUCCGAAGCCCGCCGCAAAGUCCGCAUCCUCUCGCCCCCGCUUUCAGACCGAACGCGCCUACCAAAGAAGGAACGCAAGGAUGAGAAUAGCGACCCAGUGUCGCCACCUGCUCAAGAGCCCGAGCUCAACCUCGAUAAUGAUGACGGUCCGCUCUCUACCGCAGAUGAUGACAUACCAAUGAGCGACCCGAUGCCGUCAUCGCCACUCAGCAAGGCCGUUGAACGAAAGACAGCGACUCCGGUCAAAAAGGAGGAGUCCGAUGAUGAAGAGAAUGACCUGAUGGAAAUUGCAGAAGCUACUGGAACACAGGAAGCAAAGGCAGCAAGUGUGAACAUGGCGGGGACCCGGCCGCCUCCCAAACUCAAGCGGGCUUUGCCCACCCCUGCAAGCUCCUCUCCUGCAAAGGCUGCUCCCGAUCUCGAAAACGCUUCCUGGAACGAUGUCCGGAGCAAGCUGAACGUCCUUAGCAGCCCAGCAACAGAGUCGCGCACUUUUGGCAAGCUCCGUGCUCAGGAUGUUGUGGAGGAAGAUGGGAGCCUGCGCAUGUUCUGGAUUGACUUCACAGAGGUCAAUGGUAGUCUCUGCUUGUUUGGAAAGGUCAAAAACAAGCAUACGGGCUCCUUCGCUAGCGCCUUCGUUAAAGUCGACAACAUCCUCCGAAAACUCUACUUCCUACCCCGUGAGAACAGAGUCAAGCACGGCCGUGAGACCGAUGAGGAGGUCGACAUGGAAGAUGUGUACAGUGAAGUCGACGAGAUGAUGUCACGGCUCAGGGUUGGGAUGCACAAGAUCAAGCCAUGCACUCGCAAAUACGCUUUCGAAAUUCCUGGUAUUCCCCGAGAGGCGGAAUACUUGAAAUUGCUUUAUCCAUACGAUAAGCCCGCGCUGCCCAUGGAUGUGAAAGGGGAAACCUUCUCCCAUGUGUUUGGGACAAACACCUCGUUGUUUGAGCAGUUUGUCCUUUGGAAGAACAUCAUGGGUCCUUGUUGGCUAAAAAUUGAGGAAGCAGACUUCUCUGCUGUCAACAAUGCAUCUUGGUGCAAGUUCGAAUGCCAGGUCUCCAAGCCGGGACUCAUCUCCCCAGUCGUCGAUUCUGAAAAUUUGGACGCACCGCCCCUGACGCUGAUGAGUCUUUCCUUCCGAACGCAAUUGAACGUGAAAGAAAACAAGCAGGAGAUUCUGGUCGCAAGUGCUCGGGUGUACGAGAAUGUCUCCCUCACUGAAACCACGCCCCCAGAGAAGCUUCCUUGCAAGACAUUCACCGUCAUGCGGCCUGUAGGUUCUUCGUACCCAGUGCAUUUCGAAGCCGAAACGCGAAAGCAGCGUGGGACCUACAUGCUCGAGAAGAGCGAACAGUUCCUAUUGAGCAAAUUCCUGGCAUUGUUCGAGAAGAUGGACCCUGACGUUCUGAUGGGACAUCAACUGCAAGAAGUCGACCUGAGCAUCCUGCUCAAUAGAUUGAAAGAGAAAAAGACCCCCGGGUGGCAUCGUCUGGGUCGGUUGAAGCGUGGAGAGUGGCCCAAAAACUUCAACAGGGGCGGAGGCUUCUUUGCCGAGAGGCAUCUGAUCGCUGGUAGAUUGAUGUGUGAUGUCGCUAACGAUAUGGGCAAGUCCCUUAUGAUGAAAUGCCAAUCGUGGAGUUUGACCGAAAUGUGCGAUCUGUACCUCGGACAGGGCAACACCCGGCAAGAGAUUGACUGCGAAGCGGCACUGAAGACCUGGGCUACAACGAAAGAUGGCCUCAUGAACUUUGUGAACCACUGCGAUGCCGAUACUUACUUUGUCGCGGCUUUGGUACUGCGGCUCCAGAUGCUGCCCCUUACCAAAGUCCUCACGAACAUUGCUGGCAACUCCUGGGCGCGAACACUCAGCGGUACGAGAGCUGAGCGUAACGAAUACAUUCUACUGCACGAGUUCCAUCGGAACAAAUACAUAUGUCCCGAUAAAUACUCCUCGAGGCUUCAAAAAGCAGAGGAGAAAAUUCAGGACGGUGACGAGGAAGACGGCGUGGACAAGAAGAAGAAGGACAAGUACAAGGGAGGUCUUGUGUUCGAGCCUGAGAAAGGUCUUUACGACAAAUUUGUUCUCGUCAUGGACUUUAACAGUCUGUACCCCAGCAUCAUUCAAGAGUACAACAUUUGCUUCACGACCGUGGAGCGUACGGCAACGGCUGAGAAUGAGAACGAAGAGAAAGUACCUGAAGUGCCAACGUCCGAUCAAGAGCAGGGUAUCCUGCCUCGACUGAUUGCUACCCUAGUUGGCCGUCGACGGGAAGUGAAGAAGCUGAUGAAAGACAAGCGUGCUACUCCUGAACAGCUUGCUUUAUGGGACACGAAACAGUUGGCUUUCAAGCUGACUGCUAAUUCCAUGUAUGGAUGUUUGGGAUACACGCAAAGUCGCUUCUAUGCUCGUCCUUUGGCUAUGCUCACUACCUUCAAGGGUCGUGAGAUUCUCAGGAGUACCAAAGAACUGGUCGAGUCCAAACAACUUAGAGUCAUCUAUGGUGAUACUGACUCGGUCAUGAUUAACACGAACAUGGACACGAUCAGUGAUGCGCUCAAAGUUGGAGAUGAACUCAAGAAAGUCGUGAAUGAACGGUACCGCCUCCUCGAGAUCGAUAUCGAUAACAUUUUCCGGCGGUUGCUUCUACACGCUAAGAAGAAGUAUGCCGCCAUCAAUAUCACUGAAGUCGACGGCAAGUACGUGGAUAAGUUGGAAGUCAAGGGCUUGGAUAUGAAGCGCCGUGAAUACUGCGCCUUGUCCAAAGAAGCUUCCCAACGACUUCUGAACGAGGUCCUCUCUGGGGAAGACCAGGAGCUCGUCCUCGACCGGGUCCAUGAAUACCUCCGUGACCUCGCCCACAAGAUGAGGGAAUACACCGUCCCAGUUCAGAAAUACGUCAUCUACACGAAACUUUCCAAGCGACCAGAGGAAUACCCCAACAAAGAGUCAAUGCCUCCAGUACAAGUCGCCCUUCGUGAACUUGCGCGAGGCAAAUCCGUCCGCCCUAACGAUGUCAUCUCUUACAUCGUAACGAACGGCGAUUCGGAGACCUCGUCUCUACCCCCGGCUAAGCGCUCAUACACGCUUCAAGAUGUCAUGAAAUCCGAUAACGGUCUCAAGCCGGAUAUCGAAUUUUACCUCCUGAAGCAAAUCUUCCCGCCCAUUGAACGUCUUUGUGCUCCAAUCCCCGGGACCGAUGCUGUUCGGCUCGCAGAAUGUCUGGGUCUUGAUGUCCGCAAGUACCAGAUCAAUAACUCUAGCGGGGGCAACCAACAGAAUACGGACAUCUUCCCACUGGAGUCUCAGAUACCGGAUUCCGUCCGCUUUCAGAAUGCUGCGCGAUUGACCUUGACAUGUCGAUUCUGCAAGGAGAAGUCCGUCUUUGAAGGACUGGUGACUUCCUCUCACAUGUGUAAUCCACAUGGCAUCGUCUGCCCGAACGAGUCGUGUCAGAAGCAGUUCUCGGUCUUGACGGUCGUCGCACAGCUGGAGUCCCAGAUUCGUGCUCAGACGUCCAAAUACUACGAGGGCUGGCUUGUCUGUGACGACUCGGCAUGUGGUAACCGCACACGGCAGACCAGCGUCUAUGGACAUCGCUGCCUGGGGCCACGAGGUCACGCAGAAGGCUGCCUUGGACGAAUGACCUACGAGUACUCUGAGAAGCAGAUGUACAACCAAUUGUUAUACUUUGCUGGUCUGUGGGAUGUGGACAAAGCCCGGGCGGCCGCACAGAAAGAGGCCAGUGGCGAGAAGAAGGACAGCGUUGCUGCCCUGGCAGAGUUCAACCGUGUCCGGUUUGGAACUGUCAAGGGGGUUGUUGACGGGUACUUGAAGAAGUGUGGACGACAAUGGGUAGAGAUGGACAACUUGUUCCGAUUCAUGCUGCCAUAG